GAGCGGUGGGCGUGGCUGAGGAAAGAUGGCGGCGCCCGUGGUUCCAUCCGAACCCCAGGCUUCCGGGGCUCCUCAGCCCCCCGUGUGUCUGUUGGUGUUGGGAAUGGCGGGAUCCGGGAAAACUACCUUUGUACAGAGGCUCACAGGACACCUGCACAACAAAGGCUGUCCACCAUAUGCAAUCAACCUGGACCCAGCUGUGCAUGAAGUCCCCUUUCCCGCCAAUAUUGAUAUCCGAGACACAGUGAAAUAUAAAGAAGUCAUGAAGCAAUAUGGACUUGGGCCAAACGGAGGUAUAGUGACCUCGCUCAACCUCUUUGCUACCAGAUUUGAUCAGGUGAUGAAAUUUAUUGAGAAGGCCCAGAACACAUUCAAAUAUGUCUUGAUUGACACACCUGGACAGAUUGAAGUAUUUACCUGGUCAGCUUCGGGGACAAUCAUCACUGAGGCCCUGGCUUCCUCAUUUCCAACAGUAGUCAUCUAUGUCAUGGAUACAUCACGGAGCACUAACCCAGUGACCUUCAUGUCCAAUAUGCUUUACGCAUGCAGCAUCUUGUACAAAACCAAGCUGCCUUUCAUUGUGGUCAUGAACAAAACUGACAUCAUUGACCACAGCUUUGCCGUGGAGUGGAUGCAGGAUUUUGAGGCUUUCCAGGAUGCCUUGAACCAAGAGACUACGUACGUCAGUAACCUGACUCGGUCCAUGAGCCUGGUGUUAGAUGAGUUCUACAGCUCACUCAGGGUGGUGGGUGUGUCUGCUGUGAUGGGCACUGGCUUCGAUGAACUCUGUGCUCAGGUCACCAGUGCUGCAGAGGAGUACGAAAGGGAAUAUCGUCCUGAAUACGAGCGUCUGAAGAAAUCACUGGCAAACGCCCAGAGUAAUCAGCAGAAGGAGCAACUGGAGCGUCUUCGGAAGGAUAUGGGCUCCGUAGCCCUGGACCCAGGGCCCGGCAAAGGCAACGCAUCUCCUGUGCUGGAUCCUUCUGACUUGAUCCUGACUCGAGGAACCUUGGAUGAGGAGGAUGAAGAAGCUGACAGUGACACGGAUGACAUUGACCACAGAGUUACAGAGGAAAGCCGUGAAGAGCCAGCAUUUCAGAACUUCAUGGAGGAAUCAAUGGCACACUGGAAGAGGAACAAGUAGGCCCUCCCACCUGCUGUACAGCUCUGAUGUGCUGAGUCUCCAUGCAGAGGACAUCCUUCCUGUGAACCAGGGCUGCAGUCAAGAGCAGUUUUCUCCCAAAUGGUGACUUCUCUGAGGGAAACUGGACUUAGAUGAAGUCUGGUUGAAGGCGGAGCUGGCAGGUGGAUGCCCAUUCUUGGGUAGCUCCUCCCGAUAUUUAUGCAAGGAUGUAUUCUCACCGCUCUGGAAGCUGAGAGAUAGCUGCUGAGCCUAUAACUUCAAGUAUCAUCGUUUGAACUCAAGUAUUUCUGCUGCUGCUGGACAGAGAGGAUGUCUGUCCCAGAGACGCUUUGGAUCUUGACUAGCUGGGUCUGUGGGCACAGCUCCUUAGCGCUGUGUUCCUACUCUGCACCCCAAAUUGCUAUGUUUGUACAGAGGGGCAGCACAGUGCCCUUGGCAGCCAGGUGUGAUGUGAUCUGUGCUCACACGAGGUAGUCCAUUUUCAAGAAUACUGUUAGAAUGGUGACUUGGAUAAAGAUUUUGACUUUAACUUUGUGGUAA